GCAAGGUGAUAGCUUAUGCUUUGAGGCAGUUGAAGGGGCACGAGAAGAAUUACCUCACUCAUGAUUUGGAGAUGGAGGCAGCAAGGGAUCUCAAUUUGAGGCAACAGAGGUGGUUAGAGUUGCUUAAGGAUUAUGACAUGAUUAUCCUUAAUCACUCGAGCAAGGCUAAUAUGGUGGAGGAUGCCUUGAGUAGGAAAGCGUUCGAGGAUGAGAAGUUGUGUAAGAUUCGGGACAAUGUGUUGGAAGGAAGGGCCAAGGAGACGAUUAUUGAUGAUUUGGGUGUUUUGAGGAUCAAAGCUCGCAUAUGUGUUCCUCAGACAGGUGAUUUGACUAGAUUGAUCAUAGAGGAGCUCGUAGAGUUUGAGGUGAAGAAUAAGCACCAGAAGCCUAGUGGUAUUAUUCAGAGGAUGCCCAUACCUGAGGGGAAGUGGGAAGGGAUUGCUAUGGAUAUUGUGGUAGGAUUGCCACAGACUUUGGAGAAGUUUGAUGUGAUUGACUUUGAUAGUCAUUGGAACCAGUUAUUACCUUUGGUGAAGUUCACUUACAAUAACAGUUACCAUUUGAGCAUUGAGAUAGCACCUUUCGAGGUGUUAUAUGAUAGGAGAUGUCGUUCUCCGACUGGUUGGUUUGAUUCAUUCAAGGUUUGGCCUUGGGGUACAAAUUUGUUGAGGGAUUCCUUGGACAAAGUCAAAUUGAUUCAGGAGAGGCUCCUCACUGCUCAGAGUAGACAGAAGAAUUAUGCGGAUCGAAAGGUUCGUGAUUUAGAGUUCAUGGUUGGCGAGUGGGAUUUGUUGAAGGUUACACCCAUGAAGGGGUGA